UUGGAGAUUCUAGCUCUGCAGGAGUCAUGUCAGGGGACCUCUAGAGCCAAUCUGCUUGGAUAGAGGAGUGAUAAUUAUUCAUGGGCUCCUGCCUCUUGCUCUUUCUUUUGCACAGCCCCACUCUGCUGACUCAGUGCCUUAGUCUUCUCUCUCUCUCCCUCCACUGCUGUAGCUGGACCUCUUUGCCUUCACAACCUCUGAGCGUCUGCACACCUCACAAUGGCUAAAACUGCAAUGGCCUACAAGGAAAAGAUGAAGGAGCUGUCGAUGCUUUCUUUGAUCUGCUCCUGUUUUUACCCUGAACCUCGCAACCUGAACAUAUACACAUAUGAUGACAUGGAAGUGAAACAGAUCAACAAGCGUGCCUCUGGCCAAGCUUUUGAGUUGAUCUUGAAGCCACCUUCUCCAGUCUCGGAAGCACCACGGACUUUAGCCUCUCCAAAGAAGAAAGAUCUGUCCCUUGGAGAGAUCCAGAAAAAGCUGGAAGCUGCAGAGGAGAGGAGAAAGUCCCAGGAGGCCGUGGUGCUGAAACAACUGGCAGAAAAGAGAGAACAUGAACGAGAAGUCCUUCAGAAGGCUUUGGAGGAGAACAAUAACUUCAGCAAAAUGGCAGAGGAAAAACUGAUACUGAAAAUGGAACAGAUCAAAGAAAACCGUGAAGCUAACUUAGCUGCUCUUAUUGAACGCCUCCAGGAGAAGGAGAGGCAUGCUGCAGAGGUCCGCAGAAACAAGGAGCUCCAGGUGGAACUGUCUGGCUGAGCCCAGCAGUGGAGAGGGUGGGAUAAGCCCCCACCCCUCCUGAAACUCCCCUGCCUAUAUUAUUACAGAUCAUGAGAUAUUAGUAUGGGAAAUGUAUGACACGGUUUAAAAAAGAAGAAGAAUCAAGAACUCAACAGAAAACAAAACAAAAAAAUAAUUAAAACAAUGCAGUUUUUGCAGAAUGAUUUGCUUGAUGUUUAAAAAUAAAACUUGGAUCUUAUUUUGUAAAUACUUACAUUUUUGUUAAAAAAUACAAGUAUUGCAUUAUGCAAGUUAUUUCAUAAUCUUUACAUGUCCUGUAACAGGCUUUUGAUGUUGUCUAUUUCCAUUUGGUUGAAUUUGUUAGAUCUGUUCCUAUGAAGUUCCCUGCAGCAACCUCCAUGCAUUCCAAGUGAACAUCCAAGUCAGUGGAAGGUCUAUGGUGCUAGAGUCUAGCUAUUGCUUAAUUACCCAGAACGGUUUGCGAUCAAUACACUUCCUUAAAACAAUAGGCAAAUUACAGGCACUGGGACUUGAAUGAGCAGUCCUGAAACUCCCCCCUGAAUCAUUAAGCAUUCAUGUUUUAAUUACAGCCUCAGUGCUCCACUAAACAACAACAACAACAAAAUUGCAGUGCACCACACAUCUCUUGUUACAUCUCUACACAGAAGUCAGACCCCAUCAAAUUCAAUGGGACUUAACACCCAUUAGAGAAGGUAAGAAAAGGCUGCAAGCAUAAACACACUUACAAAGGAGUAAGCGCCACUGAACACAGUGAGACUUACUUCUGAGUAAACAUGCACAGCAUUGUGCUGCAAAUUAGCAUUCACAGGAACAAUUUCUUCUGCCUUUCGAAGAAAAAUGCUUCUGUUUUUCAAAGGCAUGUGUCAUUGACAAGGAGGCAAGCAGAAGCAAGUUUUGACUUUUUAAAAAAUAGGUAUUACGUGCAGCUGAGAAUGACCAAUCAUAUAUCUGGCCAAAAUAAGCUUAUGGGUUUUAGGGAAGCUGGAUUUUAAAAUAACUCAAAAUCUGCCUCUUCACCAAUGAAGAAAUUAUUUAACUUGAGUCGAGAAGCUUUUAAGUGUAGAUGCUGUGACCUGUUCUGUUUAUCUUAGGCCACAGUCUUGCCCACCAUUGCUAAAAUCAGUGGGGCAGCCUGGUGCACUUUUGUGGGCAGGAUUCAAACCUUAAUCUAAUCUGUUUCAUUACAGUACGAGACGCUCUGUAGGACAUUUUGCAUCCAGAUGCAACAAGCUUAUUUUUAAUCCUGCUGACUUCUCCUCUCCUGCCUAGUUUUAAAAAGAUACCAAGAAUGACAAGGGCUGAAGCAGCAGGAGUGCUUGGGCCAGGUGUGGCAUCACCCACCUGCUUUCCCCAUAGAGCUGCCAGUUUGAAGUUGUCCCUCUCCCUCCUGGGAAUUGCUGCCUGCAUAGUCUACUCUUCAUUUGUGCUAUUUUUCCUGUAUGUCAUUGUGAGCAAGCUGUGAUUAAUAAAGAAUUGGGGUUCUGUGAACUGAAAAAGGA